CCAGCUCACCCGGAGUCGCGGGCAGCCCCUGCCCGCCCGCCUGCACCCCUUGUCGCUCUAGCUUGCGCGAACCUGCCGCUCCUCCACGCCCAGGUAGUGAGCCCCGCGGCUCCAGGUCUCUGCAGCGCCCUCGGCCCCAUGGACAGCGCACCCAUCACCACUCCCUAAGUGCUGGCGCCGCCGCUGUCCAAGCUGCGCACUGGGGUCCCUCGGCUCGCCCCUCUCUGGGGUGUCCGAGAGGCCGGGGAGCGUGCACCAUGAAGUCCGCGCUGUUCACCCGCUUCUUUAUCCUCCUGCCCUGGAUCCUAAUUGUCAUCAUCAUGCUCGACGUGGACACGCGCAGGCCAGUGCCCCCGCUCACCCCGCGCCCCUACUUCUCUCCCUACGCGGUGGGCCGCGGGGGUGCCCGACUCCCGCUCCGCAGGGGCGGCCCGGCUCACGGGACCCAAAAGCGCAACCAGUCUCGGCCGCAGCCACAGCCGGAGCCGCAGCUGCCUACCAUCUAUGCCAUCACGCCCACCUACAGCCGCCCGGUGCAGAAAGCGGAGCUGACCCGCCUGGCCAACACGUUCCGCCAGGUGGCGCAGCUGCACUGGAUCCUGGUGGAGGACGCGGCGGCGCGCAGCGAGCUGGUGAGCCGCUUCCUGGCGCGGGCCGGGCUGCCCAGCACUCACCUGCACGUGCCCACGCCGCGGCGCUACAAGCGGCCGGGGCUGCCGCGCGCCACUGAGCAGCGCAACGCGGGCCUCGCCUGGCUGCGCCAGAGGCACCAGCACCAGCGCGCGCAGCCCGGCGUGCUCUUCUUCGCUGACGACGACAACACCUAUAGUCUGGAGCUCUUCCAGGAGAUGCGAACCACUCGCAAGGUCUCCGUCUGGCCUGUGGGCCUGGUUGGUGGGCGGCGCUACGAACGUCCGCUGGUGGAAAACGGCAAAGUUGUUGGCUGGUACACCGGCUGGAGAGCAGACAGGCCUUUUGCCAUCGACAUGGCAGGAUUUGCUGUAAGUCUUCAAGUCAUUUUGUCCAAUCCAAAAGCUGUAUUUAAGCGUCGUGGAUCCCAGCCAGGGAUGCAAGAAUCUGACUUUCUCAAACAGAUAACAACAGUCGAAGAACUGGAACCGAAAGCAAAUAACUGCACUAAGGUAUUCAUUACACUUGUGCUGCCCGACCUCGAGUGUCAGCAUGAAGAGUGCGCUACCCAAGCUAUUUCCUUCCCCUUCAGGUUCUCGUGUGGCACACUCGGACAGAGAAGGUUAAUCUAGCCAACGAGCCAAAGUACCACCUGGACACAGUGAAAAUUGAGGUAUAAAUUGAAGCAGCAACUGGUGCAGUUUGUCCAGCCAGUGGAUCCAUAUGGAAGAGGAUGUUUGGAGUUCAGGCUACAGAGCAUUCAGGUACUGUUUGUUUUACUUCAGUACAGCAGCCUUUCUUGUCAUCUGAUGGACAUCUGUUUAAAUGGAGCUUGUCAGUUAACAUAAGCUAAUUGGAUGGUUGGUACAAAAUGUAUGUUUUGUCUUCAUUUGUUCUGCAUGUUUUCUCUACAACAACUAAAUUGGAAGAUUUUUUUGUACAGUGCCGAUACUGCAAGAUACCACUCUGAGUAUAUAGUUUUUCUUUUUCUCCAAUUUGCCCUUAUAAUAAUUGGUAGACUUGAACAGGUUGGUAGACUUGAACAGGUUUUUAAAACAGACAAGUAUUUUGUCAGCUAAACGUUCCUGAUGAUUCCUGACUUUGCAAUACUAAGUAAUUUUUGGAAGGUUAGUGGCAGUAUACAUCAUAGGAAAUAAAAACCCACAAAUGAAAAGGUCUAUGGAGUCAUGUUUAAUAUAGGGAAAUAACAUUUUGUCAAUACUAGGCACCAUAAAAUGUAAACACAAUUACUGUCAUAAACCUGGAUAUACCUUCAAGGAUUGAAGAUUGAAAGUGGCUUUGUUUUAGUUAGUUACCCUGUUUGCAUAUAGUGCAGAAAAAGGUCUUCAUGUUAGCACUAUGUACAUUAAGAAGAGAUCCAAAUUACAAGAGAGGCAGAUAAAAUUUGAAUUCUUUAAGCAUUCAUUAAA